CACUAACAAAGGAAAUUGUUUUGUUCAACGGGAAAAACAUAGCGUAAAAAAUGAAGACCUUGUUGGCCUUAGUGGUAUUUCUUACAGCCGUGGCCGAAAGCUUGGAAACCGGCGGCGGACAAGACAUCAACGAACUCACGGAUGCUACCUUUAACAGUUUUCUCUCCGUUUCUAAACUGGCCAUCGUGGAUUUUUAUGCUCCAUGGUAGGUUAUCAGCGUCACGGAAAGUUUCAUCCUAGAGCACUUUUGAAACAGCUUUUCUAGGUCCUAAUGCCAACAGCUCAGUGUUGAGUUAUAAAAGAAGAUCCUCAUUUUGGGCCACAUGCUUGCUCAGUCGGUAGAAUUUGAUUGUCAAAUUCAGUACAUGUCAAUCGACUUUUCCCGCGACACGAACAGUGUCCAUCUGAUCAGAUCUUGUUCGUUUGCCAUUAUUUUCAACCCCCUGAUCUUUCCAAAACCUUGCUUAACUUUUCUAAGUCCACCUCACCAACUGAGUCUGAUCGACUGUUGCCAAGAGGAACAGUCUCCAUCCAAUCCGAUCGAGUCCGUUUGCCAUUACUUUCAGCCCCCUCCCCUACUAUUUAAAAUAACUUCCCUUGGUGCUAAUUCGACGCGGGGGGUACUCCUGGGAAUUCUUGGUGGGGGUGUGCCGUCCGGUUCUCCAAAUUCUGACCCUUUUUAUUUCAGAUCAAAAAAUGUCAUUUUUCACACAGGUCUUCAGACCAGACCUCUAAAAUUCAUACCCGUUUUCAGACCCGGCCUUUAGGCAGAAAUUAUUUCGUCAUUACUUAAAUUAGAACGCAAACAAGAUAAUAGUCCAGUUUCGAAUUAAAUAUCACUGCUUUAUACAAAUAUUAACGACACAUUCAUACAGGGUUAGCCUCGACGUAAAGUAAAAUAUUCAGAAAUUCUGGCAAGUAAGUGUUUGAAAUUUGAAUAUACACAAUAGACAGAGUAAUAAACAGGUCUUUUUCUCGUUGAAAUUUGUGAAAAUACUACUUCAGAUGGAGGCUAAAGCUGUAAAAAAUGCGUCUUCACUUCUUUAAUUCAGCGGUCGUAGCGAACUCGAAAAUGGGCUAUUCAUCAUACGCAUUUCGAAUUCGCAUAUUUGGUUCUUGUUCAUUUGGAAUUCAACAAUAACUUCGUUCAUAUGCUCCCGUAGUUCUCUCGAAAACCAUACCAGAUUCCAGACCAAAAAAAGGCAAAGUGUAUACCCGUUUUCAGACCAGAAAGGCCCAAAAACCCUACCCUUUGGGGCGGCACAUACCUAUACGGCUUAUAAAAUGGAGUACCCCCUGGGUGAUUCGAGAAUUUACGUUAUUACUCCGCUUUAGAGAAAUUUUCCUGGUAUUUGCAGUUUUGGAUAACAAUGGCUGACAUUAGAGAGUAGAAGUUUUCUUUUAAAUUCUUUGCACGCAGGUGCCCACACUGUCAAAAAUUUGCUCCCAUCUACAAAGAAGUUGCCAAGAAAGCGCAAUCAUUAAGGCUGGACGUGUUCUUCGCCAAGGUACAGAGCCAUAACAAAGAGCAUUAAGAAUGGAUGAGAAGUAAUGAAUGCACCUUUCUCAAAACAAAACUAUCCUAACAUAAAUUGUUACCAUCUUUAAGAUUCACGAAUCAUCCUACAGUAAUGUCCUGACAUUGCUGAUCCCAGAAUGGCUUGCUGUUAUAUGCAGGAGGGCGGGUCAAAAAUGAACACCCAGUAAAUACCUUACGCGCUCUACGGGUCCGGCUUGUGCGCUCAGCAGAGAGAGAGUCACUUCAGUGCUAGUCAUUUCGUGAGUUAGUGAUCCCAUUCCCUUCUCUUAUUAUGCUGUAGCAUGCGCAAGGGAAAGGGUGGGGGGGGGAGGGGGUGGGGGAGUCUUGCCUGGCAAGCGCACAAAUGAGUUCAAUGAGGUGGGCCUGUGAAGAUAGGCGUGAGCUUCCCAUUAUAGCAGAUAAAAUUUUAGUACCAAACGUUUUCCUCUUCCCGUGGGUACCUCUUGGGAGAGCCUCUAAUUUUUGUAGUAAUGUAUUUCUUAUUUUGUUUCCUUGUUGUGAAUCAUUACGCUGAAAGAUUUGACAAUAUUGUUUUGCGGUAAGAAAGACUGGAAAGAACAUGCAUUUCAAUUUGAAACGGUUCCCAGCCCACUUAUUCCUCGGUCACAUGCGCUUCUGGCCCACACGUUCACCUUGACAACAAAGACGUCGCUAUAAAGUUGACUUUUUAUUUUACAAUCGUUUCUUCUUUUUUCUACCACCGACAGGUGAAUUGUGCUGCAACAGGAAAAAGUGUCUGUAAAACACUGAACGUUAGGUUUUUGCCAACGGUAAGGGUGUUUCAUGAUGGAAAACCUCUGGGGGAUUACAACGGUGAAAGAAAAGAAGGUAGUUUUUUCCCUUGUGUUAUGUUGACUGUGUUAUAGGCGAUUUUGGUAGACUAUUACCCAGUCGCUAUUUAUGUGUUUUUGGGGGUGAGAGAAGACUGGGGUUAAGUUGAGGCGCGCGGGGACUCAUGUCCCUUCCCAUGAGUCCCGGCGAACCUCAACCUAACCCCAAUCUUCUCUCACCCCCAAAACACAUAAAUAGCCACUGGGUACUAGUCUACAAUUUUGGUCAGUGUUAUGAUCGUGAUUGUCGAGCACCAGUUGGUUGACUCGACUGGUUUUCUCGGUGCCAAGUUUCAGAGUGGUAGGCCUGCAGGACCAACAAUCAAGUUUUAAAAAUAACUAAGCAGAAGGUGCGGCUUUUGUUUCACAUCUGCACAUCAUUAGAGCUUUUUCUAUUUUUCUUGGCAGGUCUUAGGAGUCCCAUUUCACAUAACCUUUCAUAUAGCCUGGAAACAGACUCCUAAGAUGGGGCGAGUGCAUUGACGGGGGAUGCUCUUCCCCAUUCCCUCACUUCCUCUCGUCCAUUUUUACCUCGCCGUCUUCUCGCGAUUUUUAACUCCCUUUCCCCAAAACGGAGAGCCUGUUCACAGGCUCCUGAAGACUUAAGGAAGUGGGCGAUUAUGCUCUAUUAGUUGCAGUAAUUAAAAACGUUUAGAAUAACGUAUAGGAUAUAGUUUAAAAGGUUGGCAUGCGCUGUAGGGUCAGAACAGUUCCAAGUAUGGGGAUUCUGGACCCAUUGCAAUAAAACUUCCGAACAUUUUAUGUUACAGGCGCUCUGCUAGAGUUUCUUCAAAAGGCCUCCAGUUCACCAAAUGAACUGAAGUUGACGAUGUCUGAUGCCAUCAACAACAAGAUUCCAUCUGAUGUUACACCUUGGAACCACGAAAAAGCUAAACAUAACUAACUGAGCUGGAGUUCCCAAACAGAUCUUUAUGCUUUUGACAGUUAUGCUUACGCACAGGAAACGAUUUCAAUCGAUGCAGUGCAAGGAAAAUUUUGCUAUACCGUUUCUUAUUAAUCUGCCUCUACAGAAUAAUAUUUUUGUCAAGUUUUGCCUGAAAUAAUGGCUUAAAUAGUUUCAAAGUGAUGUGUAAAAUGUACUGGCUGUGUCAAAACAGCCUUUGAAUUCAUGUUCCAAGCGUACCAUCCUUUAGUUCCCUGAAAAAUAUGUAAAUACUUUCCUUUCAACAGUUACCAAAAGCACAUCAGAUAGUUUGUACUAUGUUUCUGAAAUGA